AUGCAUUUCACAGUCAGUAACUCCAAUCUCCCCUUAAAAUCAACCAAAGAAGUAGGUACUUCUUGUGAAGGCCUAGAGCAAUUCAGAAAAAAAGAAACACAACAUCAAGAAACAGAAGAAGACGAAGAAAAAGAAGAAGAAAAAGCAGAAGAAAAAGAGCAAACGGCAGAACAAAUGGAAAUUGGCAUUGACGGUGUUAUGUUGGAGAGGCUGGUUAAUAGACAAGAAGAGUUAAAAGAAGAGAAAGAAGAAAUUGAAAGACGCUUAACAGACUUACAGUCGAGAGUUGAUAACAUUGAAGAAGAACUUGAGGAUAUCAGGUAUUUAAUGGAUUAA